AUGGCUACUGAGCAGAGUUUCCAAGUUCGCAAGCUACAGCUAUCAGACAAAGGAAAAGGAUUCAUCGAUCUCCUGCGACAGCUCAGCGUCUGCGAUCCCAUCUCCGACGAGGAUUUCGAGGCCAGGUUUCAGGAGCUGAGCUCCCACGGCGACGACCACCUCAUCUGCGUGAUCGAAGAUGAACGGCAGGGGAAGAUUGUAGCCACCGGCUGCGUUUUCGUCGAGAAGAAGUUCUUGAGGAACUGCGGCAAGGUCGGACACAUCGAGGACGUGGUCGUCGAUUCAGGCGCCAGAGGGUUGCACUUGGGGAAGAAGAUUGUGGAGUUUCUCGCCGACCAUGCGCGGUCCAAAGGUUGCUACAAGGUGAUUCUGGAUUGUAGCAGCGAGAACAAGGCGUUCUACGAGAGAUGUGGGUUCAAGGAGAAGGAAAUCCAGAUGGUUCAGUAUUUCGUUUAG